UCCCAAACCCAAUGAUCAUUUUGUAAAACUUCGCCUACAGCGUCUCCCAGUGAGAGAACCCAGCGCGGGAUUACUUGAGGGGAAAUAAGACAUAGAACCCCGUGUCCUUCAUGUCCCAAUAGCGAUGUCCACGUACCAAGUAAGGUCACUGGAGGAGGCGGACCAAAUCAUCAGGGAGCACGAGAGAAAGACCAAGACUACAUACGCCCUUCUGCGGUCCACCAAGAACUUCGGCUGUGUGGAUGUCCCAGCAUGUGCCAACGAUGAGAACGAGGUGCGCUUCGAGACGGUGGGUGUGCCAUACUGCGGAGUGCCGUUUUUUGUGGCCGGACUCAAGAUCCUCCAGUGCCAGUCCUACAGAGUGCGAGGCGGAAGGAAAAAGAAAGAGAUAAAGAUUGAGUUGACUGGUUCAGGUGCGGGCGUGAUUGGUGAGGCAGGGGUGGGGGAUGCUGGGGGAGAAGAGGACGGGGACUCGCUGCAGCCCAAGCCAAUGGUCAAGAAAAAGAAGAAGGCCGGCCGCACCCACAAGGUCAGCUGCACUGCCACCAUCAUCAUGAAGGAGGUCAUCUAUUACCCAGAGUUCCAGCUCUUUGAACACUCGAAGAACAACCGCAUUGCCGUGGCGCGCCAGCUGAAGGAUGCCCUCAAGUCCAAGGCGCCGGUGCAGAAGGACAGGAUAAUAUAUGUGACAGUGCCAGCCAUGUCAGACCACUUUGGACACACUGUUGGGCUGGGCACAUCCAAGCAGGGUGGCAAGCGGCUGUUUGUCAAGAAUGACUUCUACGGCCACAAUGAGCCUGGCUCCAGCAACCGAGUGUACUACCCAGUGAAGCAGGAGAAGCUCAACGUGGCCCAGCUGGCCCGCCGGAUGAAAGUGGAUGAGGACGACACAGAGGCUCGGGCCAGAGAAGUGAGGGAGAUUCUACAGAGCAUCAUGGGCCUCACAUAUAAGCAACCGGGAACAACGGAAGCAUACCGGGAGCUGCACAAAGACCUGAGCCAAGCCAGACUCAAGUACCAGCAGACCAUGGACACGCUGCUUGGAGGGCCACCCGUCGCCCAGAUCCAUGUGGUGGACGGCCUAGUGAGCCAAAAUGGAGAUCCUCUUGAAUCAGCACCCCAAGCAAACACUGCAGGGGAGACGUGGCCAGUCACCCGCGCCACAGUAGUCACCACCACCACGGGGGUCAAUGCAUCCCAGGCAGUGGCUGUGUCCUCGCCCACCACCACCACCACCACAAUCGCUGCCGUGCCACAAGUCCAGCAGAACCCAAAUGCAGGAGCUGCCACUACUGCCCCCACUGAUGGCAAUAACCAGGAGACCAGCAUCUUCAUUGAGGCCAUGGAAGCAAUCUUAAACUCUCAAAUGUAAUGGGUGCUGGCUGGCUGAGUGGCUGACUGGCUGCAUGGCUGGCUGAUUGGCUGGGUGGCCGGCUGUGUGGGUGUGGCAGCGCUGGUGGGGCUGAGCUCUCUGCUAUCUUCUUCUAGUGCAUUAUACUGUAUGAUGGAUGUAAUAGACUAGUUUCAUCUUUUUCUCAUCUCUCCUGGGCAGCUGUGUGUGUGUGUGUGUGUGUGUGUGUGUGUGUGUGUGUGUGUGUGUGUGUGUGUGUGUGUGUGUGUGUUGUAACAAUCAUUUCUUCAUGCGAUAGUUGUGUAGGGGAAAUGCAGGUUAGUUGUAUGAUUAUUAUAGAUAUUUGAGGAGAAUUCACUCAAUAGGUAUGUGCAUGUCCCCUCCCCCCUCCCCCUUCCUCUCUCUCUCUCUCUCUCUCUCUCUCUCUCUCUCUCUCUCUCUCUCUCUCUCUCUCUCUCUCUCUCUCUCUCUCUCUCUCUCUCUCUCUCUCUCUCUCUCUCUCUCUCUCUCUCUCUCUCUCUCUCUCUCUCUCUCUCUCUCUCUCUCAUAUUGGAUCCUUUUAAUGACAAUUUUUAUGCAGCUUUCUCGUACUAGAAAAUUACAUCUAUAUUUUUGAUAGUUUGUUUUGUUUAUUUUCUGACUCAUAUUUAUCACACACUGGUAUAUAUCUGUGCGUUCAUAUCUCAGCAGUACAGCUCUGACACUUCCUUGCACUUGUUAACAUUGGAAACUAUUACUGUACAUACUUGUCCAUCACUCCUGGAUGCCUAACACUUCCUGACAUGCUCUCACCAGUGGAGUUAUGUACAUACUUGUGCCACAUUCAGCAAUGUACACUGACACUGUAAUAUAUAUCCCCAGCACUAAAAAUUUUUUAUACUUGGGUUAAGUGCAGGUUACUUUAAGAACUUCACAAAAUAAGGGAAGCUGUAAAAAGCCAUCAGGCCAACACACAGCAAUCUGUUUGAAGGCCAUGCCACACUGGAAGAAGGAAUCUUGUAGCUCCACUUGUUGUUAGCUGUGUGUUGAGUGGACCAUCCAGGCAUCUUAGGGUCCAGAGGCACAGAUUCUGGAAGGCUGAGGUGGACAUGUGGUGGUGAGUGGACCACCCAGGCGUCUUAGGGUUUAGACGCACAGGUUCUGGAAGGUGGAGGUGGAUGUGUGGUGGUGAGUGGGCCAUCCAGGUGUCUUGGGGUUCAACACAGGUUCUGGAAGGCUAAGGUGGAUGUGUUGAGUUUUUGACACUUCAUCUUGGUAGAAAUGUUUGUGUCUAGUAAGUUGCUUCUUUAUUUUCAUUUUAUGUUUCAUUGCUACAUUUAUUUAUCAUCACAUUUACCUUUUUUUUCAGGAUGACUUGAAAUGUAUUUUUAGAUUAGCUCAGAGCAAUAUUUUUUAUUGAUUUAUUUAUUUUUCUAUGCAUGUGUUUCGUGGAAAUCUUCCUUAAAGGUAGGUUAACAACAUUCAGAAAUGGGUGCUUUACAUAUAUGGAGUAAUUAUGAUCUGUUCUGAAGGCCAUACAUAUCAUCUACAAUAUCAUUGCUGCUUCUUUUGCCAGUUUGUUGAUUCUAUCUCUGUCUAGGUACCAGGCUGGCAAUCCCCCACUGGGUGAGUGAGGCGAGGCACCACACACUACACAAUGUGAUGUAGCUCAGUAAUUGACAGUAAGUUAUCAGCUAGCAAGCAGUCUGGUCAUGUUUUUAUGCAAGAUCACAGUAUUUUCUAUGUACAACACCUGCUGAGACACAAGACCAUGAAACACUUGAAAUAAUCACCCAUUUUGCUGCCAUUAGUGUCUCACAAAAUUAACUCGUCUUACACCGGACUGUUUUGUUCGCUGAGAGAAGACGUGGCAGUGCAAGGGUCACGAGGAGGCACAGCCGGGCCUGCCUGGGGCUGAUCAUGGCCAGGGAACAGUUCUCAGGUGCUCAGAAAAGAAGUUAUGUCAUUGUGGGACUGUAAAUAAUUCUGGAAGUAUAGUUUACAUAAUAUAUCUAAGUUAGGAUGAAAACAUAUACCCUGUGUGGUAAAUGGGUACUUUAUUUUACAUAUGUAUGUAUGUAUGUAUGUAUGUAUUAUGUACAUGACACUUUGUCUGAUAAUGUUUUGAGUUAUUGUUUCAGUAUUGUCAUUGGUUUAUUAUCAUGUGUACAUUUUUAGCUGUAUAGUAGUUGUUCCUUCACUGUACAAACAAAAGUAUAUAAAUAUAAAUAUAUAUCAGUA